AUGGCCUGCUGGUGGCUGGUCGUGCCUGCCUGCUCUAUGAUCUGCCGCGCGUACACCAUCCCAGCCACGUGCGAUGAAUGCGCCGCCUGUAAAUCUGUGAUGUGCGCUAUCUACUACUCCGCGUCUAUCCCCUCCUCAUGGUUGGUAUCUAACUCCAUCGCGGCUGGCUGCUCCUUCUCGUCAUGGGCGUUGCUUCUGAACGCGCUGGCCCCGCGCAUGAACUGCCAGCUGAUCCUAAUGGCGAUGUCCUGGUACGCGGGGAUGUUUAAUGCCUGGCCUAACCACGCCUGCGUCUCGCGCUUCAACACCUCGUGGAACCAGUCGGACGUCCAUGCGCGCUGCGUGCCCGCAUUGGGGCCCUAUAAAUACGGGCUGGCUAACCCUAACCCUAACCCUGAUGCGGCGGCGGCGGCGGCGGCGCCUGCGGGUUGGCUGGAUUGGCGGGCUAACCCUACCCUGGGCGCGCGAGCUUGGGCAUCCUCCCUACCCCUAUUAAACCCUAACCCUAAUGCCCUGCCUGCUGGUGGCUGGGCUACUAGCUGCGCCGCUGGCGGCUGCUGCUGUGGCUGCUGCUACUGCGCUGCCUGCCACGCGGUUAACUACUCUAUGAAUGGUAACACUAACCACAUGUACCACAUGAUCAACUCCCCUACCGCCCGCGGCACGUACUAG